AGAACUUGUGAAGUGGAGGAACCGACCGGUCGUCGUCUUACUAAACCGUUCGUUGCUUGUGACAGGUAAAGAGACAGCGUAACACCACGGUGGGAGUCAGUUCUGUUAUAGUAGGCCACGAGGCAGCAACAACUCUCGUGCUCCUGUAGACCUUGCUCGCGUACACAGCGCACGUUCGGCUUCGCUCUCUCUCCUCGUUUCAACACGCGCAAAUAUCAUACUGUUAAAAAAAAUCACGUUGUGAGCUACGGCGUUUCGAGAGAUUAAUUCCGAACGAACGGAUAUUUUGUUGGUGAAAUUGCAGAAAAAAAAAAGAAGAAAUUCGAGGCAAGAAUCGUGCGAAAACAAUUGAUGUUCAGCCAUCGCAACUUUCGUCGCACGUUUCGGAAUUGAAUAACUGGAGAAACGUGAAAUCUGGUUCCUCGCGAAUAUCCGUGCGUUCGUUAUGGAUAUGUUGGAACAUCAGUAAUAACAGCAAACUUGCGCAAGAGAAGCGAAUUUGGAGUCGGAUUUCUUUCACGGCGGAGAAAGCAGACGGCUGAUUGAGUCGACAAGUAUAAAAUAAACUGCGAUGUAGCGUUUCCUGUCUCUAUCUCAAUCAGUUCUGAACCACAAAAUAAAUAUUCACAAUGAGGAAAUCGUUCACGUUUUAAUUUUCUUACAUUGAUAACAUGACCUAGAACUAUCACCUAAGAACUAUCACUUGGAACACAUUCCUAACAAACUAGUGGCGAUCUUUCAAUGUUGCUAUACUAGAAAAACAAAUGAACCAUCGGUCUUGCAGGAAUAAACCAGAUCGAAAAAAAGAACGAUUUAUCGAUUCUUUUUUUUAAUACAUAGAAUACAUAGAAACUUUUCUUGCCGGCUUUAACGUCAAGUAAGAUAACGUCAGAAUGCACAAAUCUUCCUAAUGCGAUUUACCGUCGAAUGAUGGGUUUAUGACCAUCCACAAUGAUGGUGGACUUUUAAAGAGGUUUCCGGGAUUGUCUAGAGAAGUGAGAUGAUUGGCAAACUUCUUUUGACUCUUUGGAUAUUACGAUGGACCAGUUUUAUCGAACCCAUUGCGGGACAGGUGUUCUCGUCUUUCGAUGAAAGUUUGGACGAAAAGAACGACGCGGAAAUUUUUCGCGCUGUCGUCGAGUCAAUGAGACAAUGGAUGCUUCACAAAAGGGUUAAUCAUAGAGGAAAAAGAGAGGUGUCCAAGGUUUGCUAUGAGGACAUCGGAUGCUUCGAGGAUACUGGACCCUUCAGUUAUUUGGAGAUGCUACCGUCACCGCCAAAAGACGUCGGAACUAGAUUCAUUGUAUAUGGAAGUAGAAAAGCAAGAUCGAUCCCUAUGGAAGUACCCGCCGAUAAUAUAAAUGAUAACGUCCGCCGUGCCAUAGACCCUAAUCUUCCAACCAAAGUGAUCGUGCAUGGAUUUGGAAGCGAUUGCAACCAUUUAUGGGUUUACGAUAUGCGAUCCGCGUUAAUGAGCAUCCACGAUUGCAAUAUAGUUUGCGUGGAUUGGGGACCUGGUAGCGCUGUACCCAAUUAUGUAAGGGCAGCGGCCAAUACACGAUUAGUUGGCCGACAAUUGGCAAAAUUAAUUCGUAGUUUAAACGUGCCGCUGGAAAAAGUACAUUUGAUAGGAUUUAGUCUGGGAGCCCACGUAGCUGGAUUUGCCGGUGCUGAGCUCGGAAAUGUCUCUAGAAUUACCGGAUUGGAUCCCGCAGGGCCACUUUUCGAAUCGCAUGAUCCGAGAGUUCGUUUAGAUGCAACGGAUGCAAAUUUCGUCGAUGUUAUUCACAGCAAUGGUGAGCAGCUCAUCUUGGGUGGACUCGGCUCAUGGCAGCCUAUGGGUGACGUAGAUUAUUAUCCGAACGGUGGAAAAAUGCAAAGCGGAUGUUCGAAUAUUUUUGUUGGUGCCGUUUCUGACAUUAUUUGGUCGAGUGCGGUCGAGGGGAGAUCGUUGUGCAAUCAUCGUCGGGCGUACAAGUUCUUCACCGACUCCGUAAGUCCGAAAUGCCGAUUUCCAGCGUUCCCUUGUGAACAAGGAUAUGAUGGCUUAUUGAAGGGUGAUUGUUUCCCCUGCGGCAUGGAUGGUACUGAUCGACCUUGCGGCGACAUGGGUUAUUACAGUAACGAAUCACCUGCCAGAGGCCAGCUUUAUUUAGUAACGAGAGAUGAGGAGCCUUUUUGCGCUCAUCAAUAUCAGAUCAAGGUCUAUAAUAGUCGCAGUGAGAGAUCCACCAAGACCUAUGGCAAGCUUCAGAUUACACUUGUGGGAAAAAGUUCUUACAAUGAUACGUUUGCGAUGACUCGCAAGGAUGAAGAACUUUUGGUAGGAGCCAUUCUUCAAAAAAUCGUCGUACCGCAUCCUGCAGUCACUCAUCUCGAAGCGAUCGAAAUCAAAUACACGGCAUAUAGUGGCUGGAUAUCGUCCGGAUUGGUGUCGUGGACCAUUGACAAGGUGGCAAUAAUCGAUAGUUUCGGCAAGAUUCUCUCGGUUUGUAAGAAGGGCUUGAUUCUAGAAUCUGCUCGGUCAGUUUACCUACCCCUUUAUCCCGGCGAAUGCAACAUACCUUUGGAUACUGACAACUCCACUGUAUCUUCCUCGGUACCAAUACUCGAACACGUAGAGGUGGAGAACAGACAGGGUGGCAUAGGACCUUUUACGAAAGAGCAAAACUACGACACAAAGGAUCCUCCAAGAUACUCCAUGGAAAUUCUGCCGACAGAGAGAACGUCGCAAAGACGAAAUCUCGGUCCGUUCACGAAGGAGCAGAAUCGACGCGUCUCCGAGAUCGAGACGGUGACAUCCUUCGAGGAUGCAGAAAAGCGGCGCAACGUCGCGAAUCCGUGGAUCAUCCUGGACAUAUCCGGUGAUGGCGACUCAAACUCGCUGGAGAACGCAGAGUCAGAGCAAGGACGGAGCUUUUCCGGUGCCACGAAUCUGAUCUACCAUGCCUCGACAGUGUCGGAGCGUGUUGUUGAGACCACCGUGACCACUGUUGCGACUACUACGGAGUACUUGUCGGAGAUCAGAGAACCGGUAUUGCGUCCGAGUAAGAAAGACGCUGGUCGAUCGCUCAAGCUGCCCGAGAUCACGGAACCGAUUCUGCGUCCACGCGCUACCAGGCACAACACGCGGAACGAGGUGAUAUCACACGAGAAGCAACAUGACGAGAUACAGGAGACGUCGUCGACCUCCACGAGAGCGUUCACCGUGCAGUUUCUACCUGAGCGAUUGGCUGGUAUCCUGGCGCAAGCGGAACGAUACGCUCGACAAACUCUGUUGCCCCUGAUCUCGCAGUACACACCAAGCUUUGUGACUGGUAUACGGCACGAAGAGCCAAAGUAUUUCCCUCUUUUGAAUGAUAUAGUGCGUCCAAGAAGCAUCGAUAACACUGCAGAGAUCAGUAGGACGACUAGUCGAUCAUGGAACAGGGAUCAAAUCCUGCGGGUGGAAAUCGGUCAACGCAAGUCCGAGAAGUUCAACCUCGACGAUAAACGUUAUGAGGAAUCCUCGAGUGCUCAAACGGAGAAGAACAAAAACGAGCAUACUAUAUCGAGAGUUGAGGAAUCGCCGAUGAUAGUCGAGGCUGUGUAUCCGGAGAAGUCAGUAAGCACCAAUUCCACCAGUCUCGAGACGAAAGCAGCAAGCAAGGAUAGUGAUUGGCAACCAAUUGGUGAACCGAUUAGUGAAUCGACUUUGAAGAAUUCUCUGUCGCGAAGGGAUUCAAACGUUUCGCGAUCACUGGACUGGUCGCUCGAUCAUAGUCAUGACUGGACUUUGCAAAAGGCCAACGCAAAUGUGGAAACUGAAGUCAAACCUGACAAUGACUGGAUUCCGAUCAUGAUCAAGAGCGAUAUUAUUUCAACGACCGCGCGAAUUGCGAGUGAAUUGUCGAGUGAAGAAACAGUGACGACGACGAUCCCGACGAUGGAGAUCGAUACCGUCGACAAUUCGCAAAAAUCUACCGAAGCUAGCAUCUUCGAUGAGGCGAAAAAGGAAGCCACGAUCGCAAACACGUAUGAGAGGAAAUUCAUACCUCUAAUUGACUUCGAGGAGACGACCAGCGACCUGUCCUCGUUGACUGACAUUAACGAUGUUUCGAGUUCUACAACAGUUGCCACGCAUAUCCAGAAGAUUCCGCGAUACAAGACAACAAAAAGUGCCAGAAAUAUAAUACAUCCCACGAUGAUGUUUCCAUACGCUUAUGAGCGAAAAAAUGAUCCCAGAACGAGAUAUAUACCGCUGAUCCCAGAAGAGGAUAUGGGCAGAGCCUAUCCGAUGCUCGAAAGGGAUCGUUAAUAUUACGUAUACUAAAAAAUGAUUUAAAAAUGAGACUCAAGUUUUUUUUUAAUUAAAAUAUUCGCAAAAUGCAAGAUCAUAUCUUCUAAAACACCUUAUUUGACAUUAUUUAUUAAGAUUGUAAAACAAACUUUAUAUUUCUUCGGUAAAAUUCGGAAUUUAUUUCUAUAAGGUCUCUUUGUUUAUAUAUUGUAAAAACAUCAAAAAUUCAGAAACUUAUGGGAUUACCGGCAUCAUGUUAGUGAACGAAAGAUAAAUAACUUAGGAUUGUUUUAAUUAGAUAAGAAUGUUUCCAUGAUUCGGAUUUCUAAAAAUCUAAGGAAAACUAUCUGUUAUUUCGGGAAUGAAUAAAAUUGUGAAUUCCCAAUA